CCUGGCCGAAGGUUUCCUCCUGAGUCAGGCUGAGCAGCAGAAAAAGGAUCUGUUUGCAGAAAUGGGCACUGGCUACUGUGAGAUGAAGAAGACUCAGUUGGAAACCAGAGAAAGGCCGCUGGGUGACAGAAUGAUGCCAGCAGGACCUCCUCAUCCAUCAUUUCAUGGUGGCCGAGGGGAAGCAGCGGCUGUGGAACCAGGUCAGGGUACAGUUUGCUUUGAAGAGGUAGCAGUUUAUUUCACAGAUGAGGAGUGGGCGUUGCUGGAUGCUGACCAGAGAGCUCUGCAUAACGAAGUCAUGGAGGACAAUUGCAGGAUCAUGGCUUUUCUGAGUGGUGAUAAAUCGGAAAUUAAGAACAAGGGAGACAACAACAAAAUCCCUUAUGAACGUUUGGAGUGUAGAGAUGGCUUCAGUCAGAGGUUCCAUUCCACUUCCCAUCAAAGAAAUCCCACUGGGAAGAAAUUAUAUCAAUGCUCAGAAUGUGGAAAGAGCUUCAGUCAGAGCUCAAAUCUCACUUCCCAUCAAAGAAUCCAUACUGGAGAGAAACCCUAUCAGUGCUUGGAAUGUGGGAAGAGCUUCAGUCGGAACUCGCACCUCACGUCCCAUCAAAGAAUCCACACCAAGGAGAAGCCAUAUUACUGCUUGGAAUGUGGAAAGAGCUUCACUCGAAACUCGAAUCUCACUUUACAUGAAAGGAUUCACAGAGGGGAGGAACCAUUUAAAUGCCUGGAAUGUGGGAAUAGCUUCAAUUCCAAGAGAAGUCUCACUUCCCAUCAAAGAGUUCAUAGUGGGAAGAAACCGUAUCAGUGCUUAGAAUGUGGAAAGUGCUUCACCUGGAAGGAAAGUCUCACUUCCCAUCAAAGAAUUCACACAGGAGAGAAACCCUAUCAGUGCUUGGAAUGCGGGAAGAGCUUUAAUACAAGCACAAACUUCCGUCGACAUCAGAGAAUUCAUAGUGGGGAGAAGCCAUAUCAAUGCUUGGAAUGUGGGAAAUGCUUUAAUACAAGCACAAACUUCCAUAGUCAUCAAAGUAUUCACCGUGGGGAGAAACCAUUUCAAUGUCAAGAGUGUGGAAAAAGUUUCAGUCGGAAGGAAAGUCUCACUUCCCACCAAAGAAUCCAUACUGGCGAGAAGCCGUAUCAGUGCGUGGAAUGCGGAAAGAGCUUCAGCCAGAGCUCCAAUCUCACUUCCCAUCAAAGAACUCACAGUGGGGAGAAACCAUAUCAAUGGCUGUAUACAAAUUUAUUUUUAGGAGAUUUUAUUUACAUGUCUAGGAUGGUGGUGGCAUCAGAUUGUGGCUCCUCCUCAUGUCUGCUGAACACACAGGACAUCUGCCAGAAAAGCCACAAGUUUGAGGUUUUCCUCUGUGAGAAGCGGAGGCGCCCAGGAAUGGAACCAGGGGGCCACCUGCACGCCCAACAGGCGCCCUGUGACCAACGAUGUGGCUUCCUAGAGGGGACAGGAAGUGGCAGGGCGGAAGCGCGCUGGCAAAACAUCCGGCCUCCGAAGCCUCUUCCUUCCUGGCUUCCCUCUCGGGCUGGAGAACGUGGCCUUUGUCUCUCCUGGACGCCCCGCCCUCGCUCGCCCUUCCGGCACCCGGACAGGCAGAAAAUGGCAGAAGAGCGAAGGAGUUCCUUUCGACUUCCUGGAGGCUUCCUUGGAGCGCAGAAGAAAAAGGAAGACUCGGCUGGCCCUGAAGCAGGAAGAGGCUACGAUGCCAUCAAGACUGAGAGCCGUGGGAGAUUCUGGGAAAAGUCAGUGCAGAAAGUCCCUGGUGAGAAAAUCACUCUCGGCUCAAAUGUGCAGAGCCAGCAGUUCAGGCAGUUCUGCUACCAGGAGGCCAAAGGACCCCGAGAGGUUUGCAGCCAACUCCACCAGCUUUGCUGUCAGUGGCUGAAGCCAGAUCGACACACAAAGAAGGAGAUCCUAGACCUGGUGAUUCUGGAGCAGUUCCUGGCUGUCCUUCCACCGGAGAUGGAGAGCUGGGUGAGAGGCUGUGGAGCAGACACUUGUUCCCAGGCUGUGGCCCUGGCUGAAGGUUUCCUCCUGAGCCAGGCAGACAAGAAGCAGGAGGAGGCACAGAGACGGAAUCAGUUUGCAGAAAGGAGCACGGUUUUUCCUAAGAUGGUUCCAUUUGGUACCAAACAGAGUCCACUUGUUGACAGGGUGAUGCCGGCAAGACCUCCUCAGCCAUCUCUUCUUCACAGUGGAAGGGAAGCAGUUUCUGUGGGACGGCAUCAGAGUCCAGCAACCUUUGAGGAUGUGGCUGUGCAUUUCACGGAUGAGGAGUGGUCGCUGCUGGAUCCCGACCAGAGAGCUCUGCAUACGGAAGUCAUGGAAGAGACCUGUGGCAUCAUGGUCUCGCUCGAAGGUGAAAAUUUGGAAACCAAGAAUAAGAGAGCUCACAACAAGAGUCACGGAGUAGGGGAAGUGAAUAUAUAUUUGGAGACGGAAGAGAUCUUCAAUCAGAGCUCUCAACAAGAAACUGACAGCGAGGAGAAACCAUAUCAGUGCUUAGCGUGUGGGAAGAAGUUUAGCAGGAAGUCAAGUCUCACUAAGCACGAAAGAAUUCACACAGGCGAGAAACCAUAUAAAUGCUUGGAAUGUGGAAAGAGCUUUCGCCAAAUCACCCAUCUCACUUCCCACCAAAGAGUUCAUACAGAAAAUAAACCGUAUCAGUGCUUGGACUGUGGGAAGAGCUUCAGCCAGAAGUCCAGCCUCACUGCCCAUCGAAGAAUUCAUACAGGGGAGAAACCAUAUCAGUGCCUGGAAUGUGGGAAGUGUUUCAGUCAGAUCGCUCAUCUCACUUCCCACCGAAGAAUUCAUACGGGGAAGAAACCAUAUCAGUGCAUGGAAUGUGGGAAGUGUUUCAGUCAAAGCUCCCAUCUCACUUCACAUCAAAGAGUUCACACCUUGGAGAACCCAUAUCAUUGCUUGGACUGUGGGAAGAGCUUCAGCCAAAAGGCAAGUCUCACUGCCCAUCAAAGAAUUCAUACAGGGGAGAAACCAUAUCAGUGCUUUGAAUGUGGGAAGAGCUUCAGUCAGAUCGCUCAUCUCACUUCCCACCGAAGAAUUCAUACAGGUGAGAAACCAUAUCAAUGUUUAGAAUGUGGAAAGAGCUUUAAUUUAAGGGCAAACUUAUAUAAUCAUCAAAGAAUUCAUACGGGGGAGAAACCAUAUCAGUGCUUGGAAUGUGGAAAGCGCUUCAGCCGGAAGGAUAAUCUCACUUCCCAUCAGAUAAUUCAUACGGGGGAGAAACCGUAUCAGUGCUUGGAGUGUGGGAAGAGCUUCAGCUUAAAGCAGAAUCUCACUUCCCAUCAAAGACUUCAUAAUGGAGAGAAACCAUAUCAGUGCUUGGAGUGUGGGAAGAGCUUCAGUCGGAACCACCGUCUCACUUCCCAUCAAAGAAUUCAUUCAGGGGAGAAGCCGUAUCAGUGCUUGGAAUGUGGGCAGAGCUUCCGCUGGAAAGAAACUUUUGUUUCCCAUCAAAGUCUCGCUUCCCAUCAAAGAAUUCAUACAGGGGAGAGGCCAUAUCCAUGUUUGGAAUGUGGGAAGAGCUUCCGUAUGAGCGACAGCCUGACUACACAUCAAAGGAUUCAUACAGGGGAGAAACCAUAUCAGUGCUUGGAAUGUGGAAAGAGCUUCAAUUUAAAGCAUAAUCUCACUUCCCAUCAGACACUUCACACAGGGGAAAAGCCAUUUCAGUGCUUGGAAUGUGGAAAGAGCUUCUCUCGGAAAGACCGUCUCACUUUCCAUCGAAGAAUUCAUACAGGGGAGAAACCCUAUCAGUGCUUGGAAUGUGGGAAGAGCUUCAGUUUAAAGGUAAAUCUCACUUCCCAUCAAACACUUCACACAGGGGAAAAACCAUAUCCAUGCUUGGAAUGUGGGAAGAGCUUCAGGUUGAAGCAAACUCUCGCUUCCCACCAGACGCUUCACACAGGGGAAAAGCCGUAUCAGUGCUUGGAAUGUGGGAAGAGCUUCAGGUUGAAGCAAAUUCUCACAUCCCAUCAAACGCUUCACACAGGGGAAAAGCCGUAUCAGUGCUUGGAAUGCGGAAAGCGCUUCAGCCGGAGCUACCAUCUCACGGCUCAUCAAAGAAUUCAUAACGGAGAGAAGCCGUAUCGGUGCUUGGAAUGUGGACGGAGCUUCAGUCAGAGGGCCUAUCUCACUUCCCAUCAAGCAAAGCAUAAUGGAAUCAAACUAUGAAAGGAAUAAAUGCUGGCAAGUCAUAGGUCCAGACAGAGCUGUGUUGCAUGGUGUCCAUCUGAAUGCACAGGUGUGUCCAGCUCUCACAUAUAUCUCUGUACCUUUGGUGAUGAGCUCUGCUCUCCCCACAAAUAACCUCUACCAGCCAGGCUA